AUGAAAAAAUAUAUUUAUAUUAUUAGUUUGGCUACAUUUUUUAUCUCCUUUGAUAUAAUAUGUGGAAUCCAAAUUAAGAAAAAUAACAACAAACAUGCCCCAAAUUCAAACAAUUAUAACCCAUAUCAUAAUUUAAAAGAAAGUGAUUUUAAUAAUUCAAACUUUUCAAAUGAAAAACAAUAUAAUAAUAAAAAUAAUUCCAUUAAUAAUGAAAAAUAUAUACAGCCAUAUUUAAUAAAUAAUAACGCCUUUCAAAAUAAAAAAGACAUAAACAAUACAAAACUCACAUUAUAUAAUGAAUAUAAUAAGACAAAUAAUCUUGGUGAUUUUAGAAAUUUUAAUCAUGAACAUGAAAAAACAAAUAACAGGCUAAUUGAAAUUAAUAAGUCUUUUUUACAAAUAACCUAUAUAUCUCAAAUGAAUAAAUAUGUAUUCAAUGCGGUCGAUACUAUAUAUGGUGUAAAUGAUGAUGAAAGCGUAUUGUUGUUUUUUUAUAAACCUCUAUAUUCUGUUAAAUAUAUUCAAAAAAUGUUAAAUAACUUAAAUAUAGGUCAAUCCAUUGAUUAUAAUAAAAUAAAUAAAGAUCAUGAUGAGGUUCUUAAUGACGUCAUAGAAACAAAGAAAUCAUGCAACACUGAAAAAAUGGAAUUAAUAAAUAGAUUGAGCAAUAUACACAAUUCUUUUUAUAAUUUUUAUAAUGACCCUUCGAAGGAUGACUAUAAUUUAUAUACAUUAUCAAAAACAAAUUUUGUAAAUUGUUUAAAAAAUGGAUUUGAAAAAGUAAAAAAUAAACCAAAUGAUAUUAUUUCAUAUGAAGAAAAGGUGUAUAAAGAGAAAUGUAAAAACAGCAGCAAACUCAAUAAUAAUACUCAGAAAAAUUAUGAAUUUUGUAAAAAUGUGAUGCAUCUCAAUUCAUUUCGUAAACAAAAUUGGGAAGUUCCCCAAGAUAAAGAAAUAAUUCCAUUUAUAGAUUUUCUAAUAAACGAAUUAAAACAAAACAAUAAUCUAAAGACUCUUGUAACAAAACUAGAAUUUAUAAAAAAACAAUUCGAGGAUAUUAAAAAUAAACAUGAUAAACACAUAAAAAUAUGUAAAAAAGAAGAGGCUUUUGUGAACAAAUGUACCAACACCACUAUUGAUAAUAAAAAUUGUGCUAAAUAUUUUAAUGAAAUAAAAAAAAUGGCUGAGGCAUAUAGUAUUUUAGAUUAUAAUUAUACAAUUAUAGAAAAUUUAGAAUCAAUACGUAUUACUUAUAAUAAUUCCUUAAUAUACUUUUUUAAAUCGCUAGGGGAAUUAUUAAUAAACAAAGUAGAUUCAGAUGGAAAUAUAAUAGAAAACGAUGAUAUUUAUAAUUUUAGUUUGGUGAAACCCCAAUCUACAUUCAAAUCACUAGAAGAUGAAUUCCUUAAAGUAUUUGAAAACAAAUGGGAAUUUUAUAAAAAUAACCAAAAUCUUGAUAAAUCCAAAGAUAUAAUGAAAAAUACAAUAUCAUUAAUUUUACCACAUAUGGAUAAAUUUACAAAUUUGAAUAAGUCUAUGAUACAAUUAAAAACUAAUGGCAGUUUAGAAAAAUUUAAUAUUACUUCUCAAAUAAAACGAGAAUUAGAUAAAUUAACUUAUGAUGAAAGAAAAGAAGGGUUUAAAACUUCUCUCGAAUUAGCAAAAACUUGGGAAACGAAAAAAACCGAAAUAUUAACGAAAUUAAACGAAGAAAACGAAGAAACUGUUCAAUUGGAAAUAAAAAUUAAAGAAUUAUUUAAAAAGUAUUUAGAUGAGGUGGCUGAAAAGAAAUAUGUAGAAGACUUAAAAUUAGAAUUAAACAAAAAAAUAAAAGACAUAACUGAGAAAAUUGAAUAUGUUAAAAAAGCAGUUGACUUAAAGAAAGAAAUAGAAAAAAAUAAUACAUACAUUAAUGAAUUAUCUAAGCAAUCACCAUGUCAAAUUACGGAAUAUAUAGAAAAAAAAAAUACAAUGUAUAAUACAAUAAAAUCAUAUUUCGACAAAAUUUAUAUAGGUGAUAUUAAUCAACUUUACAAUGAAAUGUCUUCUGUAGUUCAAGGGAAUACCAUUGAUAAUACAGAAAACAAAACAGAACUUGAAACUUUAAAAUCGAAAAUAGAUAAUGUAUAUAAUAAAAUCAAAAACAUGGAAACUGAAAUAGUUAAAUCACAUAUAAAGAAUAUAGAAACUAACAACAAACUAUCAGAAACUAUUUUGGAUAUAAAAAAAUAUAUAUAUGGGGAAAUUACUAACGAGCUAAAUAAAACGUUAGAAGACUUUAAAAAUAAAGAGAAAGGACUAUCAAAUAAAAUAAAUAACUACACUAAGGAAAAUGUCCAAUUAAGUGUAUAUAAAUCUAACAUAUUAGAAAUCAGAGAGCAUUAUAAUGAUCAAAUUAAUAUAGACAAUACAAAGGAAGGAGAAGCAAAACAAAACUAUGAACAAUUCAAAGAACAUAUGAAAACAAUAUCAUCUAACGAAGAUGAAAUAUCAAAAACCAUCAAUGAGGUAAAAAGUAUGAAAGACGCAUUCUUAAGUAAUGUAGAUAAAUAUGUUAAGUUUGACAAUACUUAUAAUGAAAAUGUCGAUUCAGAACAUAAUAAAUUUACUGAAUUAACAAAUAAAAUAAAAACAGAAGUUUUGGAUGAAGAAUUAAAAAAAUAUGAAAAAAGAUUUAAUGAUAGUAAAUCUUUAAUUAAUGAAACAAAAAAAUCCAUUGAAGAGGAAUGUCAAAACAUUAAUAUACUUAAAAAGGUAGAUGAGUAUAUAAAAGUAUGUCUGAAUACAAAUGAAUUAAUAACAAAUUUUCGUAAUAAACAAACUAUAUUAAAAGACAAAUUAAAUCAAAAUAUUAAAACCAUAAAAGAAACUAAUUCAAUAGAUAAAUUUUAUACAGACAAGUUUGAAAAUAUAUUAACAGAUAAAAAGACAGAAUUAGAAAAAAAGUUCACAGAAAUGUCUUUAAAUAAUCACGAAUCAAAUAACAACGAAUUGAUAACAUAUUUUAAUGAUUUAAAAGCAAAUUUAGGAAAAAAUAAAGAAAACAUGUUAUAUAAACAAUUCAAUGAAAAAGAAAAAGCUGUUGAUGAUAUUAAGAAAAAAAAUGUAGAUAUAAAUAAAAUUGUUUCAAAUAUUGAAAUAACAAUUUAUACAUCCAUUUAUAAUAUUAAUGAAGAAACAGAAAAUGAAAUUGGAAAAAAUAUAGAAUUACUAAAUACCCAAGUACUUGAAAAGGUAAAAGCAAACGUAACCAAUUUGAAUGAAAUAAAGGAAAAAUUAAAAAAUUAUGAUUUUCAUGAUUUUGGGAAAGAGGAAAAUAUUAAAUAUCCUGAUGAAAUUAACAAAAUUAAAAAUGAUAUUGAUACCUUAGACCAAAAAAUCGAUAAAAGUAUAGAGACAUUGACGGAAAUAAAAAAAAAUUCAGAGAGCCAUGUUGACGAAAUAAAAGGGCAAAUAGAUAAAUUAAAAAAAGUAACAAAUAAAACAAUAUAUAACGAGGAUCCAAAGGAAAUUGAAAAAAAAAUAGAAAAUAUAGUAGCAAAAAUAGACAAAAAAAAAAAUAUAUAUAAGGCAAUAAAUAAAUUAUUAAAUGAAAUAUCAGAAAUAGAAAAUGAUAAAACUUCGUUAGAAAAAUUAAAAGAUAUAAAUUUAUCAUAUGGACAAAGUUUAGGAAACCUGUUUUUGGAACAAAUUGAUGAAGAAAGGAAAAAGGCUGAACAUACGAUAAAAGGAAUGGAAGCAUAUAUAGAUGAUCUUGAUAAUAUAAAAAAAGAAUCACAAAAAAUAGAAAAAGAAAUGAAGAUAAAAAUGGGCAUAAAUAAGGAAAUGGAAGCACUUAAAAUAUCACAUGAUGACGACAAAAAUUAUCACACUAUUAGUAAGAAUCAUGAAAAAAGUAUUUCUGAUAUCCAUAAAAAUUCUUUAAAAAUAAUACAAGAAUUUUCUAAGGAAUCAAAUAUAGAUGAUAUUAAAAAGGAGUUACAAAAAAAUGUUUUAGAAUCCCAAAAUAAUAAUACUGAUAUUAAUCAAUAUUUAAGAAAAGUUGAGAACAUAUAUAAUAUCUUAAAAUUAAAUAAAAUUAAAAAGAUUAUUGAUAAAGUAAAAGAAUAUACUAAUGAAAUUGAUAAAAAUAAUAAAAGCAUAAAUAAUGAAUUAAGUAAUUCAGAAAAAAUAAUUAAAAAAAUCGAAGAAAAUUCAAGUUUAAAAGAAUGUCAAUCGAAAAUAGAGUCAACCAUAGAUGAUAAAGAUAUUGAUGGGUGUAUAAAGAAUAUUACAGAUUUAAAAACUUAUAUUUUAAACGAAGAAAAUAACAUCAACACUUAUUUUAAAAAUGCCGAAGAAUAUAAUAAAAAUGUAUUAUUAAACUUUAAUAAUAUAGAAAUGGCGGAUACUAAAUCACAAUAUAUAUUAAACAUUAAAAAAAAUAAUGGCACUAAUAGCAAUGAUUAUAAUAUCAAUGAAUUGAAAGAACACAAGAAUAAGUCUAAUGGUUAUAAAUAUGAGGCUGAUAAAAAUACAAAAGCAAUCAAAAAAAAUAAGGAAUUAUUUGAAAAAUAUAAACAAGAUGUAACUGUACUUUUAAAUAAAUAUUCUGCAUUAGCAUUAAAAAAUAAAUUUGAUAAAACAAAAACAGAUUCAGAACAAAUCAUAAAGGAAAUAAAAGAAACACACAAAAAUUGUAUAUCGCAAUCAGACAAAUCUGAACAAAAAAUGAAUGAAAUAAAAAACGAACAAAUUCAUAUUGAAGAUGAAGUCGCUAACAAUGAUAAAUCUAAUAAAGCAAUAACAGAUAUUAAAAUAUCCGUAGAGCCAUUCGAAACAAAAUUCUUAAAAAUAAAUGAUAUAAGAAAAAAAUCAGAUGGUUGUUUAAAAGAGACCGAAAAUAUAGAGAAACAAAUAUCAAAUUUAUCUAUAGAUAGUCAAGAAACAAAACUAAAAGAGAACGGGGAUAAAUUAAAUACCCUUGAGAAACUUUUCGAAUCUCUCAAAAACCAAAAAAAAAAUAUUGAAGACCAAAAAAAAGAAUUAGAUGAAGUUAAUUCCAAAAUUGAAAAAAUAGAAAGCGAUGUAAACCAGCAUAAAAAAAAUUACGAGAUUGGAAUUGUAGAAAAAAUAAAUGAGAUCGCCAAAGCAAAUAAAGAACAAAUUGAAUCAACAAAAAAAUUAAUAGAACCAACAAUAAAAAAUCUAAUAUCAUCUUUUAACACUAAUGAUUUAGAAGGUAUUGACACUAAUGAAAACUUGGAAAAAUAUAAUACAGAAAUGAAUAAUAUAUAUGAAGAAUUUAUUAGAUCAUACAAUCUAAUAACAAAUUAUUUAGAAACGGUAUCAAAAGAACCCAUAACAUAUGAUCAAAUUAAAAAUACGCGAAUCACCGCACAAAGUGAACUCUUAAAAAAUAUAGAAAAUGUAAAUAAAGCCAAAUCCUAUUUAGAUUAUAUAAAAGGAAAUGAAUUUGAUAGAAUAGUCACACAUUUUAAAAACAAAUUAAAUACAGUGAAUGAUAAGUUUAAAAACGAAUAUUUAAAAGUUAACGAAGGGUUUGAUAAUAUUUCAAACUCUAUUAAUAAUGUUAAAAAUUCAACUGAUGAAAAUUCAUUAUUAGAUAUACUAAACCAAACAAAAGAAAUAUAUGCAAAUAUUGUCAGUAAAAAAUAUUAUAGUUAUAAAUAUGAGGCAGAAAACAUAUUUAGAAAUAUUUCUAAAUUAGCAAAUUCUUUAAAUAUUCAAAUAAAAAACAGCUCUGGGAUAGAUUUACUUGAAAACAUUAAUAUAGCUAUAUUACCUUACCUGGAUUCCCAAAAAGAAGAUACGCUAACCUUUAUUCCAUCUCCCCAAAACAUAUCAGAAACAUAUACAAAAAUAAACGAUUCUUACAAUAUUCUUCUUGAUAUAUUAAAAAAAAGUCAAGAAUUGCAUAAAAAAGAACAACAAGCAUUAAACCUUAUACUCGAAAACCGACGUUUAUAUGAAAAAGUCCAAGCAACCAAUGAGUUAAAAGACACAUUAAGUGAUUUAAAAAAUAAAAAAGAACAAAUAUUAAAUGAAGUUAAACUACUUUUGCAUAAAUCUAACGAAUUAAACAAAUUAUCAUGUAACUCUCAAAAUUAUGAUACCAUUUUAGAAUCGUCAAAGUAUGAUCAAAUCAAAGAAAAAAGCAAUAAUUAUAAACAGGAAAAAGAAAAACUUGGGAUAGAUUUUGAUGUAACAGCUAUGGAAGAAAAAUUUAAUAAUGAUAUUAAAGAUAUAGAAGAGUUAGAAAAUAAUUACAAUUCUUCAGAAGAAAAUAGUUACAAUUCUUCAGAGGAAAAUAAUUACAAUUCUUUAGAGGAAAAUAAUUACGAUUCUUCAGAGGAAAAUAAUAAUAUUUUACAAUCUAAAAAAAAACUAAAAGAACUAACUAACGCAUUUAAUACUGAAAUAAAAAAAAUUGAGGAUAAAAUAAUAGAAAAAAAUGAUUUAAUUAAUAAAUUAAUAGAAAUGAGAAAGGAAUGCCUACUUUUUACAUAUACAACAUUAGUUGAGACUCUUAAAAUCAAAAUAACUGAUUACUCAGAAUUCAUAACAUCUGCAACGAAAUUUUCAAAAGAAUUUUUAAAAUACAUUGAUGAUACUUCCAAUACUUUAAAUGAUGACAUAGACGCAUUGCAAAUAAAAUAUAAUUUAAAUCAAAUAAACAAAUAUGUAAAAAGUAUGUUUGCAGAUGCAACUAAUGAUAAUAAUAAUUUAAUAGAAAAGGAAAAGGAAGCAACUAAGACAAUCAACAAUUUGACCGACCUAUUUACAAUAGAUUCAAAUAAUAUCGAUGCCGAUACAUUACACAAUAAUAAAAUACAAAUGCUUUAUUUCAAUUCUGAACUUCAUAAAUCAAUUGAAUCCAUAAAACAACUUUAUAAAAAAAUGCAUGUCUUUAAAUUAUUAAAUAUAGGUCACAUUAAUGAAAAAUAUUUUGAUAUAUCCAAACAAUUUGAUAAUAUUUUACAGCUGCAGGAAAAUCAAUUAACAGAAAAUUUAAAUAGUUUAAAGAAAAUUGGUCAAAACAUUUCUGAUAAAAAAGAUCAAUUCCUUCAUGCACUAAGUGAAACUCCAAUUCCCAACUUCAAUACACUUAAAGAGAUAUAUCAUGAUAUUGUUAAUUAUGAAAGUCAUAUAGAUAAAAUAAAAAAUAUUAGUAAUAAAGAAAACGAAAAUAUAAUCUUAUAUAUAGACACAAUUACCAAAUUAAAGGAAAAAGUCCAAAGCAUUUUAAAUUUUGUUACAACUUAUGAAAAUGAUAAUAAUAUAAUCAAACAACAUAUCCAAGACAAUGAUGAAAAUAAUGUAUCAAAAAUUAAAGAAACUUUAAAAACCACAAUUCAAUCAUUUCAGGAAAUUCUAAAUAAAAUAGAUGAAACCAAAGCUCAAUUUUAUGGUAAUAACAAUAUAAAUAAUAUUAUAUCUACCAUAUCACAAAAUGUAAAUGAUGUUAAAAAGCAUCUUUCUAAGGAUUUAACUAUAGAAAACGAACUUAUCCAAAUACAAAAGAGUUUAGAAGAUAUUAAAAAUUCUACUUAUGAAAUCAGAAGCGAACAAAUAACCAAAUAUAUCAAUACUAUAAACAAUUAUGUUGAGCAACAAACUAAACACAUCCAAAAUAAUCCAAAUAAAGACGAAAUAGACGAUAUAAUACAAAAAAUCGUCAAUUAUAAUAAAGAAUCAGAAAUAAAAUUACCCACCAUUAUAGAUAAUAAAAAUAACGUUACAUCAAUAAUUUCUCAUAUUAACAAAGUAAUUGAUUUAAUAAAAUCGGAAUAUAAUAACAAUAAUAAUGUAUCAUAUAAUGUUGCCAAAAAACAUGAAGAAGAUGCCAAUAUCAUAAUUCGUGAUUUAGAUACGAGUCAAAACAUGGUUAAUAAUUUAAUACAGAAAAAUUUUAAAAUUAUAAACGAUUUAAAAAAUAGAAAACAGGAGAUGGAAAAUCGUAAUAAUUUACAUGCUAUUAAUAGGCAACAAGAAAUAACGCAAACAGAACAUAUUAACAAUACAUAUCAUCCUCAUAUUAAUCAUACAAACAAUAUAAAUAAAAAUCACCAAUACUCAAGCUCAGAUAGAAAAAACUCUUCCAAAACAAAAGAUACAGAAAAUUCGGUUAGAUAUGCCGGAGCAAUUACACUAGGUUUAGUAGCAUUCUAUGUAAUUAUAAGAAUAAAAGAAAAAAAGGAUAAAGAUGAAAUGGAAUUCGAUAAAUCUACAAGUUUUUAUGAUGAAAAUGAAAAUGACCUUUUUAAAAGAGAUGAUGAAAUUAUAGAAAUAGAUAUGAAUGAAGAUUUUUGA